AUGUGUUGACUCGGAAUGAUAAACGAAACCGUGCGCCAGUCUGCUGCCGCUGUACACUACGGAAUGGAGAAGGAGCGCUUCUCGAUAAAGGAGUGCGGCAGCGCGUUCUCUCGGCUCUACGCCCUUCUCUCGGAGUGGAUGUUCCUCACAAGGGUGGCUCCACUGGCCGCCAGUCACUUGUUCGAGGGGCAUGCAAUGUGUUCCUCGGAUGCGUCAAUGGAAGGCAAGACUGCCAUCAUCACGGGCGCGACGUCAGGUAUCGGCUUGGAGACAGCCAAGGAGCUUUCGCGACGCAAGGCCCGUGUCAUCCUUGCCUGCCGCAACGUGGAGAAGGCCAAAGACGUUGCCCAGCGCAUCACUGACGAGACGAAGCAGCCGGUCGUGGUCAAAAGGCUUGUACUGGACUCCUUCGAGUCAGUGAGGGAGUUUUGUGACGAAGUAAACAGCAGUGAAGAGAGACUAGACGUGCUCAUCAACAACGCCGGCCUGAUCAACGGCUCGUCGGAGUUGACGUACACAAAAGACGGCUUCGAGGCCUGCUUCCAAAUAAAUCACUUAUCUCCGGUGCUGCUGACUCUACUGUUGCUAGACAAGCUGCGAGAGAGUGCGCCGAGCCGGAUAGUGAACGUUUCCUCGGACUCGCACACCAUCGGCAACGUGUCGCACCUGGAAGCGAAGGCGCGAGGACGACGCACGCUGCACACUCCCUUCGCGGUGUACGCCAACAGCAAGCUGGCCAUGUGCCUCUACACCGUCGCCCUUGCUGACAAAAUCAAGAACACUGGUGUCACUGUAAACUCCCUCCAUCCAGGCCUGGUGCAGACGCCCAUAGCAAGCCACGGAUCAUUCUUCCGCAAAGUGCUCUUUCAUCUUCUAUCACACACCAAAGGAAAAACAGCCUUGGAAGGUGCGCAGACCACAAUUCAAGUGUCGGUGGACCCGGCGUUGGAGAAGACCACGGGCGAAUACUUCGAAGAAUGCGCCCCCGCUGCCGAGCGCUACCGCAACCCGCUGCUCAAGAACCGGGCGCUGGCCGAGGAAGUGUUUGCCGCUUCCCUCCAGCUGGUCGGCGUUGACCAGAAGCGCCUCCUCGGAACCAGCUGCUGACUCAUUCAACGCACCUUCAAGCAUGUCUUCUUUUAUCGUUCGUUUCGCAUUUAUAAACGUGACAGUUUCGCCUCAAGGGCGAAACAAUUAGUGCAAUAGCAAGAAAUUGGAACGUCUCCUUUGUCCCUCUUACUUCUUCUUUACUUCUUUGUGCCUGCACCCAUCUGAAUAUGAUUUCGUGUCUUCGCAUGUCUAAUACACUGUCAUCCUUGUUACACGCUUUGGUUUGGAGCUAUUGGUGUGUGUGCAUGCGCGGUAAAGUUGCCUUGGGCUUAAAUAAGCAUUGGCGUAUGAAAGAAUAAAGCAGUUGUUAGUCAGUG